CUGCCUGGAUUGCACAAACGGUGACGGAGGGAGGUGUUGUGGAUGCAGGGGGUACGCAGCUCUGUGGGAACACGCUUAGUUAUCCAUUCAGGUUGCCAUGCUGAUUACAUGGUGGUAUUUAUACCUUACAGCGCGGAGCUUCGCAGAACAAUCACUGAAAAUGGCUUCAGUCCUGCAGAAGCUGAUCACUCCACUGUUCAGCGGCCCGCCUGAGCCUCCCAGGAAUAAAGUUACAGUGGUGGGUGUGGGCCAGGUUGGCAUGGCCUGUGCUAUCAGCAUCCUGCUCAAGGAGCUGGCUGAUGAGCUGGCACUGGUGGAUGUGGUGGAGGACAAGCUGAAAGGAGAGAUGAUGGACCUGCAGCAUGGCAGUCUCUUUCUCAAAACCCCCAAAAUAGUUGCAGAUAAAGAUUAUUCAGUUACAGCUAACUCCCGCAUCGUUGUGGUGACUGCUGGAGUCCGUCAGCAGGAAGGGGAGAGCAGGCUGAACCUCGUCCAGAGAAACGUCAACAUCUUUAAGCACAUCGUCCCCCAGAUUGUCCGAUACAGCCCCGACUGCAUCAUCAUUGUUGUUUCCAACCCAGUCGACAUACUGACUUAUGUGACCUGGAAGCUGAGCGGCCUCCCGAAGCACCGUGUCAUCGGCAGCGGCACCAACUUGGACUCCGCACGCUUCCGCUUCCUGAUGGCCGACACACUGGGGAUCCACCCAAGCAGCUUCAAUGGAUGGAUCCUGGGAGAGCACGGAGACACAAGUGUGCCUGUGUGGAGUGGAACAAACGUGGCUGGAGUCAACCUGCAGACGUUAAACCCUGAUAUUGGCACUGACAAUGAUGAUGAAAACUGGAAAGAGACCCACAAGAAGGUGGUGGACAGUGCCUACGAGGUGAUCAAACUGAAGGGUUACACCAACUGGGCCAUCGGUCUCAGUGUAGCCGACUUGACAGAGAGUCUCAUGAGGAACAUGAACAGGAUUCAUCCUGUCUCCACCAUGGUGAAGGGCAUGUACGGGAUCAGUGACGAGGUUUACCUGAGUCUGCCCUGCGUGUUGAACAACGGGGGCGUGGCUAGCGUGGUCAACAUGACCCUGACAGAUGAGGAGGUGGCCCAGCUGCAGGCCAGCGCUAACACACUUUGGGAUAUCCAGAAGGACUUGCAGAACGUCUAACCUGCCGGCAGGGGGCGCCAUAGCUACAUCUUCCUGACUACUCUUGACCAACAGCAUCACUGUGCCGUCACACCCGACAGCUUCCCCCCUCUGCACCUUCAGCCCGCUGCACUUUAUAGAUUCACAGAUGUUUGGAGGGGUUUAAUCCAGACAGAUUUAGCUGUAGGAGUCAGUUUGUGCACUUCUGCUUGCCGGAGACCAAAAUGUGACGCCAACGAUGAGUGAGACACUCUGACUCAUUUGUCCUCAGCUGUGUUGCACCGGGGAACCACGUGUCACUCAUGUUGCUUUGACACCUAAUAAAGCAAGUUGGGGCUUAAAUAAGAAGUGCAGUAUUUUAGUUCUUCAUUGUUUCUAGUGUGAUGUCGAAAUCUGUGAUCAUGCGCUGGCUUUUGCUGACAGUGAAGAGCAGAGUGAUAGAUGUGGCCUUAGUUUGAAAAACAUGGUUCAAUAAAAUAAAUAAUGAGUGUAACCUCAUUAUUUAACUGGAA